AUGACAGCUUACGAAGCCGAAGCCGAAGCCGCAAGUAGUGCGUCCACUACGCAUGAGUCCUUCUCGCCUUACAAUUUCGUGGCGGAUAAUGUCCAGGUGUAUCCCGCAUCUUCCGAACGGGACAUUGACGAAGCCGGCGCUUUGCUGGCGGUGAGGUAAGCGCACACAACAAGCACAUGCUCUCCGUUCGAUACAAUCACUGUCUUCUGCGCUGACAGACUCGAUCUCGCCAUUGCGCCGCACAGCUAUCCCGAACAUGCUCGAUACAUCUUUGGGGAUCUGAAGCAUCCUUCGAUGAAAGCAUAUCGGGCAAGUCAGCUGCGUCGCGCGAUCGCAGCCAUGCAUCUAUCAGGUCUCACUUCAAACGAAGCUGCUACUGCGCAUGCAGCAUCCUCAUCGCCCUGUCCCGUCACCCGCGUGCUCAUUGCCCGCGAUGCAACGACGGACGAAUUUUUGGGCGUCAUUGUCUGGGAAGUCCUCGGCGAGCGAGUGGAUGCUGACUUGCUUCAAAUCGCUGCACCGCAAGGUCAGCUCUCCAGCGAACUGCCCGAAAUAGGUCCCUACCCGGCCACGCUUCACCGGCCCGCUUGGGAUCUUUUUGCCGAGAGGAUGGGCACAGCUCGAGAGGCAUUCGUGAAAGGUAGAGACACGGUCUGUGAGUCCGAGACAGAUAGGGAGACAUUUAUGAACUUACAAAGCCGCAUAGAUUUAGAAUGCGUUUUCGAAUCUGACCUUUCAUGCCCUUUUCUGAACCUUUUCUACGACGUAGUUGUGAAAUAUCUCUCUGUCGCACCGACUGCCCAGAGAAGAGGGGUGGGCCGUAAGAUGAUGGCGGGUGUUUUCAGGGAUGCCUGGGCUCGCACGUUCGAGUCGUCAGCUCUACAGCGAGACAGCAGCAUCUCUCUGGGACCCUUCGUGUUCCCCAACCCUGGCGCUCUGGCGCGGCCUCUACAACCUCAGAGACUGGUGUAUUUGGACGCAGCGCCUACUCCAGGAGCUGUGCCCUUCUACAUAUCUUUAGAAUUUAGGGAAAUGGGCAGGUUCGGCGUGCCAGAGCUCAUUCCAGAAUGCCCGCAGAUGAUUAGUAUGGGGUGGGAUGGUAUGUUAGCCGAUCGAGCCUGA